AUGGCACCUUCUGGCCUCGUGUUCAUGUCUCAAAGUGGCCUGCUCACGCCUAAGGAGAAAAACAAACUGAGAAAACCGGCAGUGGAGAAAAUGCGCCGUGACCGCAUGAACAGUAGCAUUGAGCAACUGAAGGUCUUACUGGAGAAGGAAUUCCAGAGACACCAGCCCAACUCCAAGCUGGAGAAAGCUGACAUCCUAGAGAUGACUGUGGACUACCUGAGAGAGCAGAGAUGGCUGCAUUUGAAAGCCCUAGGGCCUGCUCAUAAAGACGCUCACCAUGACUUUAAAGAGGGCUACUCGAGAUGUCUCCAAGAGGCCUUCCGGUUCAUGUCUCUCCACAAAGUCCACAUCGAAACGCAAGCCAAGCUUGUGAACCAUUUCCAAAGGAACCAACUGUCCACUCCUGAAGUUGUCAGCUCGCCUCCUGCCUUGAAGCACUCAUCCUGCAAGAGCGCUCCUACGCUCUGGAGACCUUGGUAG